GUCACAAAAAUAAUUUAUUUAUAAAUGUCAAUCACUUAUUUUGUUGUUUGUCAAGUUUAUAAAAUCGUCCAUUCAUGUUGAUUUUUGUUCUAAAACCUCGAAUCGUCCAAAAUUAAGCUGAAGAUUUGAUCUUAAAAUGCCAUACCAGAAAAAUCCAUCUAUUAUCAGUAAUCCAAAACCGGUGAACAUCUUUUACGUGUGGUACACUGAACUUUGUCGCCGUUUAAACAGCACCCCAGCUCCUGUGGUAAAACCUGCGAAGCCUAAAUGUCAAACAGUAUUGAAUUUUGUAGCUGACCGAUUAAAAGUAGAAGAGUGGAAUCCGGUAAUAAGUGCUUUGAGGCACGAUACCAGUCUUCAUGUCAUUGCAAUUAAAAGUAGAUUAGGUAACUGCCAGUUUCUGCAUGACGUCGACACUGAGGAAAAACUGCGCCAGAUGAAGAGGCGUUCUGGCUCGCUCUGGACCGCCUUUAUCCUGAAAUCGCUGCUCAAGUCCUUGUCCUGCACCAUCCGAAACACCCAAGUUUUGACGUGUCUCGAGUUUGAUGGACUGCCCAUGUUUGCACAAUACCUGGAACCACUCAUGAAGGCGCUCCAGAAGAACAAAACUUUGAAAAAUCUAACUCUGAGCCGGUGCCGGAUUUGCGACUCCGGGUGUCAAAUCGUGUGCGCUUACGUACGGUUUGCCCCGAACAUCGAAGUGCUGAAUCUCAGCGGAUGUGGGCUGACGGCUGAAAGUGGAGAACAUUUGGCCAAACUGAUUAAAUAUCAGCAAAUCAACAGAUACUGCGAGAGCUGGCACAACUCCUUGAGGUAUGCGGAUCCCAACAUUCAAGUGAUGCGAGGUAUUAAAAGGAUAACUUUGAACGGCAACCCUUUGAUCGGAGAUAGUGGUCUCAAUUUUAUUUUGAACGAGCUGGAUGAUGAUUUGUGGAUCAAAGCUUUGGACAUGCAAAAAUGUGGGAUAACUGAAAGCAUGGCCAUGAGGAUCAUCGACCUCGUUGAAUACAGUCAGUCGCUGGAAAUCGCAGAUUUUAGACUAAACGAGGACUUGACUGACUCGACUUUGGAGAAAAUUCUAAAUGUUCUUAAACAGAAAUAUGUCGAGGGCCAGUCGGAAUACCAGUGGUGUAACACUAGCUUAAGCACAGCUUGUGAAACAUUUAUAGACACAAUGUCCACUUUCACUUCUACCAAAACCCCGCAUGUCUACAAAGCCAAGUCCACACCUUUUAGACGCUACGAGUCCAAAAUCACCUUAACCGAGAGACCUGUCAGACGAGCCAAAACCUCUGAGAACAUUCACAACCAAGCCAAGCCAGACGAUGUGAACAUUGAAAAGAAGGUGAUGGAACUAAGCAACUUACUGAAAGAAGAAAUACUGAAACGCAAGGAAACUGAAAAAAUCAACGAGGAACUAAAGCGAAGACUCGAUGAGUUUAGCAAAGGAGUGCAAGACGAGAAACCUAACGUAGAUGUAAUUAAUAACGUGGUUUUGAACCGUAAAGACUCCGGUCCUGCGGAAAUGCUCAAUCAAAUUUGUCGAAAAAAUGGGGUGAAGAAAAAGAACGGGUUCAAAAACGGCGCUACGACAAACGGAUACCACAACGACAACGGAUUCAAAUUCAACAACGACGUGGCAUUUACAAUUUUCGAAAAGUUAGUUGGUAAAGAUAGUGAUGACAGAAGCUUGGACGAGGACAGUUUGCUCGAUUACGUACGGGAAGGGAAGAAGGAGAAAGAUGAUAACAGAAAUGACUGCGAUAUGAGUGACAGUCAGAUUUCGUUAUUUAAGUUUAUGGAAAAUUUAAAGAACAACCACAACUUGCCUAUGAAAUUUAUGAAUCGUUCAAACACUUCAAAAUAUUAUAUUACGGAUAAACACGUAAAAAGGAAGGCGUGAUCGUGUGAAGAAUGUCUCUAUUAAAACUUAAGUUUUUUUGCGCAACUGUAACAAACAACGUAUAUUUCUAAAUUGGAAGUGGAAUAAAUAUAAUUAUACACCAA